AUGUACAUCAGCGACUGUUAUAAUGUUUUUCUCUCAUGCCCUGUCGAUAGGUGCGAUCAUGUUUCAUUCAAUGCAUCAUCCGGCGCAGCAUAUAGCGGGUUCAAGGGUUUCUGGGUCUUAGCAAUCGCUGAAUUCACAACAUGUUUAGUUUCGUACCUAGUUAGUUCCUUUGUGUUGUUCAAGUUGAUGGUCAUCAGUCACGAGUGGAGCGGAAGCGUAAUUGACCAGGUCUCUCUUCCGCCUUGUGUCCUGCGUAUAUCCAGACAACUCCCGAAACACACAUCUUCUACCUUCUGUCCCCCUGCAACUCUGGCUACUCCCAGACAUAAUAAACUUGAGUUGGCAAUGUUGUAA